AUGCUGCACCUUGCUUAUUGUUUACACCCCUCCAGCAUUUUGAAGUUCCUGUUCUGUUGACCUACACUUCCGCAGAUGCAUAGUGUGUUAUAUGGUGCCCUUAUUUUGGCAAGACGUGGGUCACCCCAGUCUACAGAUAAUGGAUGCAUUUUUACAUCUGCUGUGUUUGCCUUUGGAUGGCAGUGUUCUCCAUGUAGCAAGUACAGUAUGGACUGCCAUAUUUUUGGCACAAGACCCUGAUAAACACAGGUAUUUAAGCGAGGUGCAGAUACUGGAGUAUGAUCAUCUGGUUGGAGCAGUCAAUGAGGGUGGAUUCCACUGGUCUCUUAUAGUUGUGCAACCGAAAGACAACAAAGUAUUGUACAUAAAUCCGAUGGGGGAGCAGAAUGUUUCCCAGCAACAGAUCCUGCAACAAUGGAUUAAAUGUGUGCACAUUCGGCGCUGAUCCAGCAUUGAUAUGGGCGGACCAAUACAUUGGAACAUACUCUGCCCACGUCAUGCAAAACAGUCAGAUUCAAUAUCUUGCGGUGUCUACGUUUUAAAGUAAGCAGAAUGCUACCUGCAGAAUCAAUCCCUAGAGUUUGUGCUCAGCAAAACACAACUACUAGAAGAACGGAGACGAAUAGCCAGAAGACUGCUUUCUGAAGGGG